AUGUCGCCGGGUUCUGCUGCAAGUCUGCUCCCAAUGGACCAAAUUCUAACGCUGCAACAAAAAGGCAUGACGGCGUUUCGAUCGAGAACUUUCAUGACUUCUCGCCCAACGGGAUGGCUGCGUGUGCUGAUCGUGGUCGCUGGCCUCUUUGCCCUCAUCGAGUCUGUCUCCCGGCUCAGCGGGCAUUCUGCGUUGACACCCGGAUGGGACAGUCUCUCCCAUCCGCCUGUCCUCCGACCAGGCCAGUAUCGACAGCCAGUGAAUCAUAAUUCACCCACCGAGAACGCCGCACCGGCACCGGAUGUGGCUGCUGAUGAUAUGGGCAAUGCCCACAAUGUGAGAGAUGAGAAUUUCUAUGUGGGCGGCACCCGGACCCUGACGAGCUCUCAAUCCCCAGAGGGCAAGCACCCUCUCCCGGUGAUCUACGACCCAUACCCGGAUUAUAACAGCAGGGAAUGGAAGAAGAAGUAUCACGGCGCUUUCAAGCCCUGCAUGGGACCCCGGGGUCGCGAUCUAGAUCGCACACGCCCCGAAGAUAUGAUGCUGGUCUACAAGGGCAACCAGAUCUCUUUCCCUGAUCCCAAAUUCGGUUCCCACGAGGCCAUGGGCCUGGAUCGUGAUGUCUGUACGGAUCGCUUCUCCCGCUUCGGAGCCUACGGCUAUGGCGCCGAUAACGACGACGAGAUCCCCGGCUUCCAGCGACCAGAGCCCGUCCAGUGGGACAAUGUGGACUGGAAUGCGCUUCAGAAUCAAUGCUUCGAGAGAAAUGCCGACCGAUACAAGCCUCAUGGCACCGCCAGCCCGGCUGCGCGGGGUCCGCUCGCCUUUGAAUCUACCCCCUCUUCUCAUCCAGCUGACAACGCAGAGUCUGCGGACACCGGAAUGAAGCAAUAUCAUGCUCGUUCGGCCGUCCUGAUCCGUUCGUGGCAUAGCAUGUUGUGGACUCCCAAUCACCGAGAGUAUCUCCGGGCGAUGAUUAUGGAACUUUCCCUGCAUUCUGGUGGCGAGUACGAAGUAUUCCUGCUGGUUCACGUCAAGGAUGACGCCCUGCCGCUGUUCUCUGACCCCCAGACUGUGCACGAUCUGCGUGAGACGAUUCCGCCCGAGUUCCGGAACAUGGCCCUGUUCUUCAACACGAAGCUGUUGGAGGCAUGGUAUCCCAAGAUUGAAGAGCACACCCCGGUUCUCCAGCACCACCAACCGAUUCAGAUCUUCGCUCAGCUAUACCCACAAUUCGACUAUUACUGGCAGUUUGAGAUGGACGGUCGUCACACUGGCAAUGUGUAUCAAUUCUUGGACAAAGCCAUUUCUUUCGCGAGAGAACAGCCGCGCAAGUACCUCUGGGAGCGAAACGCGUACUUUUACACUCCUGGCGCCCACGGUCCUUGGCAAGAAUUUAUGGAUAUGACGAACCACAGUUUGGAAGGACUAUCCAAGAACACCGUCUGGGGCCCGGUCUUGGGCACAGGGAUCCGACCAUUAGGCCCCGAGCCCCCGACGCAAUCUCCCGACGAGGACAACUUUAGCUGGGGUGUGGGCGAGGAGGCGGACAUGAUUACUUUCCUUCCCGUCUUCAACCCCAAGGAAACUACCUGGACAUUCCCCGACAAAAUCUGGAAUUUCAAGAAUGGCCUGGAAACGCCUCGUCGCGCUGCGGUCAUUACCAUGGGCCGAUACUCAAAACGCUUGCUUGGCCUCAUGCACCAGGCACAGGCAACUCGCGGACUCGGACUCGCCUCUGAGAUGUCCGGAGUUUCGUGGUGCCUUUUCCACGGCCUGAAGGCCGUUCACGUUCCUCACCCUAUCUACGCAGAUGGGCAGUGGACACCGCAGGAGCUUGCUCGGAUCUAUAACCGCGGCAGCCCGGACAAUAUCAAUGGCGGUCACGACAGUAUCUGGAACUGGGACCACCUGUACGACCACAUCAUGUACCGACUCUCUUACAUGUUCACGACGUUCACCGCCGAAGACCUAUACAGGCGAUGGCUCGGAUACAAGACGACCGACAACAAGGGCAGCACCAAGGCUUCCGAAGCUCAGUAUGGACGUCACUGCUUCCCAUCCAUGUUCCUUCACACAAUCAAAAACACCGAGUACCGGUUUGGUCCGGAUAAGGCCGUUCCUUGA